UGAAUCUCAGUCUUCACGAGUGAUAUAUAUGAGUUAAGGUUAAAUGCGUCAAAGGAAGUUAAGAAAUUUAUAUUUAAAUAAGUUUUUUUAUCGGCGAAUUACCCGUUUUAUGCCUGCGUGAUGUAUAGUGCUGGAGAGUUGUUGAGUUUUGUGAAUUGGUUACCAGAAGCAGCUGGAAUCUUCAUUUUCUUUUGCGGAAAGUGGAACGCAAAGUGUUUUACGUAUUACCCGGUUUCAACUGUGCGUGUGUGCAGUACGUCGUGAUUAUCCUUGAUGGUGCUAGUAGUAAUAAUAAUAAUAAUAUUAACUGUGAACUGUGAUAUAUUUUUGUGAUAUAAGUGCCAAAAGUGGAUUAGUGCAGACACGGUUACGUAAUUUAAACGUGUGAGUGAAGAAGUGUUUGGUAUUACUCGAGUUGUGGAUUACGUAUCACUUGGAGUGGUGAAAUAUUUACGUUCCUACUUCUGUAAUAAUGGGUCAGAACGCUUCAACACAUCAUGAGCCUUUGGGCAGAGCUAAGGCUGCCAGGAGAUCGCUCAGACAUGUCAAGGGUGAAAAGGGCACAUCCCCACGCAGGAUGGACAGGUUACGACGGAGUUUUCGUGACAGUUUCCGGCGCCGUAAGGAGCACGUACCGGAAAGUUCCAAGCCCCAUCAGUGGCAGGCUGAUGAGGCUGGAGUCCGUGCUGGGACCUGCAACUUUCAUGUCAAGUAUCUUGGUUGUGUUGAAGUCUUUGAGUCAAGAGGGAUGCAAGUUUGUGAAGAAGCCUUGAAAGUAUUAAGGAAUUCCAGGCGAAGACCAGUUAAAGCAAUUUUAUAUGUCUCUGGAGAUGGCCUCAGAGUUGUAGAAGAUGAAACUAAGGGACUAAUUGUGGAUCAAACAAUUGAGAAAGUUUCGUUCUGUGCCCCAGAUCGGAAUCAUGAGAAAGGUUUUUCUUACAUCUGUCGAGAUGGCACAACAAGGCGGUGGAUGUGUCACGGCUUCCUUGCAUUGAAGGAAUCGGGUGAACGGCUAAGUCAUGCCGUAGGCUGUGCGUUUGCAGCGUGCUUGGAACGGAAACAGCGGAGGGAUAAGGAGUGUGGUGUUACAAUGACAUUUGAUCCUAAGAACUCAACAUUCACGAGAACCGGUAGCUUCAGGCAAUCUUCAAUUACAGAAAGGUUGCAGGAUCCACAGGAAAUGAAACCUAUAGAACCACCACCUGCAAAGGCCGUGUUUAAUCCAUAUGCCAUCGAAAGACCACACGCUACAGUGUCGAUGCUGCAGCGCCAAGGUUCAUUUCGAGGGUUCCAGCAGUUAAAUCAAUCCUCUCCAUUUAAGCGUCAGAUGUCACUUAGAAUCAGUGACCUCCCCUCGACGCUCGAAAGGCAACGAUCACUUAGUCUCGAAGGUUCAGACUUUCGACUUCCUCCCGUCCAUAUGAAGGCUCCAGUAAAUGACAUGGAUUUGCUUGCAGUGAGUCCGAUUCCUGAAUCAUCUCCAUUAAGCGACAGAGGAGGAGAUUCUGUGAGUGCCAUGUGUCAACAGUUAUCUCAAGGUCUAUCGCUUCUGUCAUCCAAUGAUGAUUUUCUAACGGAUAUUCCUCGACAGGUAACUACUACAUCAAGUGGAAUGUCAUCUGCAAACAAAGUGGCAAAACAGCUGUUUUCCACUUCCAACAAAACGCAAACAAUACCAGCAUCUACAUCUAGUGGUACUGUGCCAUCUGCUGUCCCAUUGGAUGCUGUCAAGUAUCACAAUAACAAUAAUAACAGUAUUGCUGCCACCGCUACAAACCCAUGGAUUGGGAACAGUGGUUCCACAGUUCCAUCCAGCAGCAGCCCCACAGCUUCACCAAACAUUCUCAACAACAGGGUGCCAUGGAGUUCGCCUGUGCUACCACCUCACUCCACACCCACACCACCACCUGCAAGUACAGGCUAUUCGGGACCAUCUGCCCCUGUAACAUCUGUUUUUGCAAGUAGCGAGCUUCCGAAACCAGAGCAGUGGUUAGGGAACGUUGUUACCUCGACUACUGGCGCUAGUGCAGGCACUCGACCGGCCUUACCGAACUCACCUUCACCUUCUCCGAGACGAGCCCCGUAUCUUUCUCAGCAUCUCCGCGCUCACUCGCUAGGCUCUGCAGAAACGUUCCUCACGCAUCGUUCUGGUUCUUCAGUCGCUUCACAGCACAUGAAUGGUAUGCAGCAGCAACAGUCCACAUGGGCAAGUGCUCACAAUGCUAAUGGUCAGGUGCCUGUGACACAUGACCCAUUUGAUGCAGAGUGGGCAGCUAUCGCAGCCAGAAAUCAUCAAGAGGCUGGUCAAACAGUGACGGGAAACAGCACCAAUCCUUUCAUUAAUAGUACUACUAUUAAGACUUUUGAAGUGCAUAUGUGAUAAAUGGAUAUGAUAAUAAACGUAAAUACUGGAAAUAUAUUUCAGAACCCACAGUGAAGAUUUAUUUCUGUGCGCUGUGUAGCAUUGUGCAUUAGAAAUUGGGCACUUACAGGGGACAUGAAUUCUGUUAAACAUAAAAUCUGGUAGGGAGAGAUAUACACAUAUAUAUUACAUACACAUAUUGCAGAGACAGGUUACAGUUUGUUUUUCUCUUUCGCUUUUCUUAUUUUUAAAUCGAUCUUUUAGCCGUAGUAAUAUGUAAAGGUUUAUAUAUAUAUAUUAAACCUAUAUACAGUAUAUUCAAAUACAGUGUUAGUUUGAAAGCAUUUUCAAUUUUGAUGAAAUUGUGUGUUGAAUUAUAUGUUCAUAUUGAAUAUAUUCAGAUAAUUUAGAUCUGCAGCGAAAGUAUUAUGUAACGGUAGUUACUAUAGGUGAGCCAGUUGUAGAAAAUUCAGCAAUUAAUAUGUCUGCAAAAUGUUACUAACGAAGAGCACAGUGUACUAUGCUCUUAACAUUUACAUGUCCAUUUAUUUUAGAGUAAACAUAUUGCAAAAGUUAUAUGUUACUAGAAUUCAUGUCCUUGGUACCGAAAAGGAAUUCGUGCUCGGUAGUUAAAAUGGCGGACGAUGAUAGCAAAAGUUCCAUAUUCCAUGUUGUUGUGUAGAUUUAAGACAGAUCACGUACAUGUGGUGAGUUCUAUUCAUCGCAGUGCUUUACUGGCUCAUUACGAGUACAUAGUGGAAAAAGUACUUUAAAAUUGAUCCUAUGCAUGUUUGUUAUCACUAUUUGUGGUGCAUUUAACAGAAUAUUUUUAAAAGCGCUGUGUUACUUAAUUAUGAAGAAAGAAUAUAUUAUAAAAGGCAUAUUUUAGAGGCCACUGACACAUUAAGAAAAACUGAAGGUGUGACUAAUUUCUGCUGACUGAAUGAGAACAUGAAGCUAAUGAAACGACAUAGAAAAGAAAUCUGCGUUGUUUGUCGUGAGUUAACUAUCAGUUUGGUACUUACGCAUUGCUGUUUGCCCUCUGUCGAUGCCAGCGACUGUUAUAGUAAGUAUGUAUGUAUGUGUAAGUAUAUAGUCGCUUCAUGAGAAUGAAUGCUGUGGCGUGCGUGUGGAGUCCGAAAACUGUAGCAUGCAAAUGUUUUGUAUAUUGACAGUGUUGGUGUUGGGUGUUAAUCUUUUUGUUCAAAUGAUAUUGAAAAUAUCCCUAUAUAUAUAAAUAUAUAUACACACACACACGCAUACAUAUUAAAGAACUUGAUACAAAGCGACAGACAGCAUUUAAGCACAAAAAUAAAAAUACUUAAAUAAAAAGCUAUUAGAUAUUGAUUAUGUUUCUUGGUUUUAGACGUUAAUGAAAAGGUGCUUUCGAAAUACAUGUUCGUGUAUUUACAAACAGGUACUGUUUUAUAGAUGUUUUAAUUAUGAUAAACCAUUUCUUGACAGUACUGGUUUUAAACUUAUGACCGUAAAAAUGCAAGAUUUGGGAAGAACUCGUUAUUUCUGUUGCAGAUAGAAAAAUAGCUAUUAUUUGAACAUAUUUUCAAAAAUGUCUUAUUCCUUAUACUUGGAGGUAGUGUUCAUCCUUGUUGCUAUCAUGUUUAAUUGUUUAUAACAAAGAAACUACUUCAGUUUUUUAAAAUGAUGUUUGCUCUGAGUGUGAACUGCACUGUGAUUGAAUGGAAAUCUGAUGUUUUUAAAAUAAGUAUAUUUGGAAACAUACUUUCUUGGUGAUUCUGGUACUUCGUACUUUCAAUCCAUCACUAUGCUUAUAGCUCAAGGGUUCUUAAUUGCAUAAUAAAAUGUCAUAUGCAAUGUGCUGUAUAUUGUCAUUUCGUGUUACUUGAACUUUAUUCGAAGUUAAAAAAAUAUUUUCUUCACCAUUCAUACAAGUGAUUUUUUCACAGGUAUAUAAACGUAGGUUACAGUUCUGAAGGCUGUACGUUUGGAGGUGGAAAAUUUCUCAUUGAAUUUCUGUGAGAAUGAAUGGAAAAUAACUGGUAUUAUAGUUAUCAUCAAUACACGGUGAGAGUAAAAGAAGCAGGGUGUUUAACAUUUUCCCAUCUUUGAAACCUUUGCUGCAGGCUGUCAUUGCAAACGCAUAUUCUGAUACAUAGUAGUAGUUCUUGCAUAAUUUUUUCUACAGUGAAAUCUCUUUAUUUUGUAAUUGUAAUAAUGAAUUACUGACAAGGAAGAACUGAAAAGAACCUACGGUGCUUACUUUCUUUCAAAUGCUUUAGUCCGUAUUGUGAUGAUGAAUAGACAUGAUCUCUGAAAUGUCAUCAUACCAAUGUACAGACUACCAACUGCCAAAAAUGGAAAUACACUUAGCUACAAAUUGCUGUGAAUGCUUGAAGACUUAUAUAAAAUAAUAAUUAAAAUUUAGAGAUAAUUUCUGUUCAUAAUUUUUGCUAUUACAGAUUCCAUUUAUAUUAAAUUUGCUUGAUUAGCCUCAAAGAUUUGCAGCAUCACUAUAUUUAUUAUUUUUAACUUGUAAGAAAUGAUUCGCAUGACAUUUGAAAGCUGUGCUUGUGAUCUGUUUACAUGCUGAGUUCUAAUGGGCCAUUAGAUAUCAACAACAAACAAACAAACAAACAAACAAACAAACAAA